GUCGUCACGCACAGUGUGUCAAAGCGCAGUGCCCGUAGUGGAGUUGAGCGCGAUUUAUUUAUCUCGCAUCGUUCGUUCCGCAAGCAAAGAGGAGUGUCCGCCGCGAGUUUCCGUUCGUUCGUUCGUUGGUGGUGUGAAUUUCUGUGUGGAUUUUCUUCGGGAAACGGUUGAGGUACGUGCCAGGAAGUGUGCAAGCGAGUGCUCCAGCGCAGAUUGCCAAUCUGGAUCCGGAUUCGCAGAAAUGGACAAUUAUGUUGCGAUUGCCAGCGCUAACAACAUCAUCAACACCAACCACAAAAAUGACUCAAAAAUAAUAAAUGUCGAAUCGAAACCUCCGCCCAUCGUAGAACCGUCUCCGGGUGAUCCAGAGGAUCACCAACCCCCACUUCCUUCAUGCUCCACCGAAACGCACCCCACUCCAACCCCCAAGCCGCACUGCCCCGCGGCAUCGAAACCACCCCUCCCGCACAAACUGACCGAUCCCAGCCUGCAGCAGAUCCCGACGGAGGAACUGCUCGGAUCGGUGACCACAUUCUACCCGAGCGGCGACGCCGAGUGCGGCCAUGCGCUGCGAACCAGCGCCCGGGUCAUCCACAAGAUGCGAAUGGAUUCCAUCCGGGGCACGACGCCACCCCCACCGGACAGGAAGGAUGGCUCGGGCGGGCCGACGGGUGGUGGUAAAGGGGGAACCGGAGGCGGGGCCGGAUGCCAGUCGAAAACGCCCAACCAGCAGAAACCGGUCCGGGUGGUUUGGGGCAACCAGGACAAGAAUCUGUUCUUCGAGGCACUGAACGAGUGCGGAAAGGAUUUCGAAGGGAUUGUGAACUACCUGAACACGAAGAAGCGCCGGAAGGAGGGAAACAACGAUAUGGUGUUCAAGGUAAAAGACGUCCGGCAUCUGUACUACCAGUUCAACCAGAAGGUCAGCAAGUAUCUGCACUUCUCGGACGAGGUCAAGAAGGAAGCCCAGGAGCUCUACGGACUGAUAAACUACGGCGAGAUGCGCAAGAAGGUCCCCUUUCAGAACAAAAAAUACUUCCACAAACUGAAGGACUUGGUCUACAAGGGAACGGUUAUCAUUCGGGAGAAGGGUCGGAACAUUAGGAUUAAGACUCCUUCGUGCCGGGCGCUAAGGAAGCUGAAUCAACUGGAAGAGUGGCAGGAGGAAAUUCGGUUACCUCCGCGGGUGGACGUGUUCAUGAAACCGGCCACGGUCGGAGCGUGGGGUCGGGUGCAGACGUUAGCGCAGAAUCCUCGAGUGAGAAUCUCCGUAACACUGCAGAAGAGGGUGUCGACGUUGUUGCAACUGUUGCAAGCGAAGUGGCGCCAUCAGGACGUUCGACUGAUGGAGCGAGUGUCGAGCCUGAAGACCACCAAUAUGGUGGCUUCGUCGAAGAUAGCCCGGCAGAAGGCGGGCCAUGAACUGGAGCUGUGCACUAGGAUGGCGGUUGAAACGGCCGACGACGAAGGAUUGAAGAUUAUGCGGUUGACGCCGUCGAAGGACGCCGUUAUUCAUAGGCCCAUGGUGAAUCUGACGGAGUUUCUUAGCAGUUACAGUAUCUGCUUGAACUCGUACGAACAGAGGAUCGGAGCGAAGGUCCGAGGGGAAGCGUUGUGCGCGGAAAAGCUGAACAGUGUCAAGGAGAAGAUGGCGGCGAACUCGAAGAGGCAACGGCAUGACAGCAAUUCGGAGAAGCACAGCCCAGACGGAAAGAAGGUAAAGAGUGAGAUGAAGGAGAUUAAAGACGAGAAGGCAUUGGAUGGUGGUGUGGUUACUAGUUUGUCGGAAGCGCUGAAAUCGCCCAACGCCUCCUGCGAAUUGAUGGAGACUUCCAAAGAAAUCGAUGGAAGUGACUGCGAAAGUCAUCCGUUGGUCGCCGAAGCUCCCGAUUUGAAGAGUUCGGAAUCAGACGACAGUAUCAAACUGACAGGGGUUUGUAGAAUCAAGCAGGAGCAGGAUUCUGGACACGGAGACAAUUCGAACGACGGGAUCCUCUCGGAAUCCGAACAACCAAAGCAAGUGAAGGUAGAAGAACAAGCGGGUGGCAUGGAAUCUUCAACGAAUCACGAAGAUCUAAUCAAAACGACGGUGAAACGAAAAGAACCAAGAGAGAAAUGUGGCAAGCGAAAGGACUCGAAAGCGGGCGCCGCCGGAGCAAUGAAUAAUUUGCACUUCCGACCGAUGAUCUCCGAGGAGACGAUCCAAAAGAUCCGCGAAGGCUGGACCGUUCAGAGCGUAGGGGACAUUACGGUGGGUGAUUUGUACAUAAUGUUUGGAGAGGAGAACAAACUACAUCUGGAGUAUAUGUGGGAGAUGCCUAAGGAACCGAAAGUCGAGGUGGCGAUCGCGACGGAGAAUACCGAUACCGUGGAUGGAGUACAGCCCGUGGAUCAGGCGCAGUAUGGAACCGAGGGAGGUUUGGCAACCGUGCUGAGCAACAACUUCGUGAUGAACCUGAGCGGUCGCCUGAGGCAGCUGCUUCAGCUCGCACACCUGAACGAAAAGACUGGCAAACGGCGGUGCCCUUGUGGGCACGUUUGCGAUCGACGGAAUAAGAUCGCCGAUUCGUUGAACAGUGCUGCCAUCUUGAACGAUCAGCUGCUGUUUAAGCAACCGAUGGUACCAACCCGGACAAAUCCAGGAGCCACUCUGGCAAACUGUAACGUUCUCCCAUCCCCACACAUGCGCUACAAACAAUCCCGCUGGUGGCGCAUGCGCGUCAACCGCCACCAGCUACCCUCGCAAAGACUGAUGCUCUCGAACGGUACCCCACCAUAUCUACAGCAGAAUCGACUGAACCUCAACAACAAUGUGUACGCCAACGCUUCCAAAACAACCAACGGAAGUCACCCACCAGCCACAGUUUCUCCGUCAUCUCAGUCUCGUGCGUCUUCCUCUUCCUCCGCUACUGCCAACAGUGGUAGUAGCAGUGCCUCCAAAGGUGCCACCGUCUCCGCCGACGACGAUCAACUCACCCAACUGCUGGAGGAUAAAAUCACCAGGAUCAGCGGUUCUGGUUCCACUUCCAGUUUGUCCAAAUCCACGCCCUCGGACGCAACCAGCGUGCCACCGAUCGACGACGGCAGCUGUCUGAGUCUGUUUGACAUUUCGUUGCCUUCGACGUCGUCUACUAUGAUGGCCGAUCUGAUGAUGGGUAGUGGGGCGUCGUCCUCGGCCACAACGGUCGGUGAGAACAACAGUCUUUCGGCCAGCCGAAUCUUGAGGGAAUCUCCGGUGGAUGGAAAGUUGAUCGAGACCGACAUCAACGACAUUUCGUUGAGCAGCUUUUUGGGACACUUGGACGCGGUGUACGAAAGCCAGACGCCAGACUCCACGAGGAAACGAGCAUCCGAUCAAAUGAACAUCAGUAUUAUCAGCGAAUCGAGCGUGGACUACAUCGCCCGGUUCGAAGACAUCGCUGCCGAACUGCGAGCCCAGCAGGAACAAGACUCCGCAUAGGAGCCUUCCUUCUCUACAGGGAUUUUCGGGAUCCAACCCAGUAUAUCGUAAACACACACACACACAUAUUUACUCUUAUACACCCACACACGAGUUAGGGACGCCCAGUCUUACGCGUACACGCAGAUUGAGGCGCAUAUAUACGUAGCAGCAGUAAUGUUAACGCUUCCAGUUUUAUUAUCCUUAUUAUACCUUGCCGAAGAAGGAGGUUUUCCUUUUUUUCGAACACACUUUGAUUAUGCUGUACUUCGUUAUUUAUAUAUACCUAGGUAACCCAGCACAAAUAUUGUCUCGAACUGAAAUUAUUUUAGUUGGACGGACGAAAGUCGCGUUGUUCAACGCAAAGCUUUAUGACGAUUCUUGUUCUCCUUAUCGUUAGGAUACGUAACGUCUCUCAUUCGCGAUACAUUAGGUUUACCACACUUGAUAUUAGAUGGAGAGUGAUUAUUUAACGUUGAUACGAUUUUUUUGACUCGAAAAUAUAUAUUAUAAUCUCGUUUCGCUAUAGUGGACACUGAA